AUGAAUGAACCCGCCGAGUUCAACGAUGCGGCUCCCCAGGUGGAGGAGCUUUCACUCCCCCCCGAGCACGACUAUUCCCGGUUGUCUGAACGUGCGGCGUUUACGAUCGAUGCAGGAAUGCAGCUCGAAGAGUCGGAGGAAGAUGAGGAGAUUGACGAAGACUAUGUCGCGGUAGAUAACGACGAUAUGAACGACCUGUCAUACUGGUUCCGCCGUCCUCCCGUGCGCCAGCGGACCAAGCUGGAUGAACUGUAUCCUUUCGUCCAGGUGCUCACUCUGUCCAAUGUUGAGGAUUGUGUCAUUGUUGAGAGUGCUUUCCCGGAACAUGAGCGCUGCUCGGAAGAAAAGUUCAAAUACCGUCUCACCAAAUGUCCGGAGCUUAGUCUGGGAAUGUUCACCCUUCCGCUUAUGAAAGAGGGCCAACCAAAGCCCCGUCCUACGCUGGUCGCACAUGUGAUCGCCACCCGCACAUCAGCUUCGCGAGUCACUGAUAGAUCGAUGCAGCUCCCGCCCAACUGGCAGUCUGAACGUUUGAGUUUUGAAAAGGACCAGCCGAUCGGCCAUGAGGAAAGUGGUGGUACCGUCUGUAUCCACUCGCUGGCCGUCCUCCCAGAACAUCAGGGCAAGCAGGUUGGCAGUACGCUCAUGAAAUCCUACAUCCAACGCAUCCGGGAAGCCAUGAUCGCGGAUCGCCUAGCGAUCAUCGCCCAUGAUCACCUCAUCCCCUUCUACGAGUCGCUGGGAUUUGAGAAUAAGGGCCCGAGUGCAUGCCAAUUUGGCGGCGGCGGUUGGUUCGACAUGGUCAGUUCUUUCUUUCUUGCGGUUCACUAG